CCAUUCUUUAUCUGUUCACUUAUCCCCGUAUCUGAAAUGGCGUUUCCAGCGAGGUCACCCGCAUUACCAUGGCAACCUGUAGACUCUAAGUGUUGUAUCGAAAAUUCGUAUUAAACUUGUUAUACUUUUCAGAGUAGAUAGGAAUUUAUUAUUGCCCAUGCCAUUUCAUUAUUGUUCAUAUUUAUCUGUGUAUAUUGAUGUGACUGAUGUUUGUUAGUUCAGAUCUGAAUGUACGAAAUCAGAUGUUGAUAUUUUGGCCAAAUCUCUUUAUUAUAUUUCUGCCCAAGUCAUUUUGUCUGUCUUUUUUGCCUGUCUGUUAUUUAUAAAUUUCUCUCCUUUUGUAUAGUAUCUCUCUAUCUUAUGUAUAUUCCUGUUUAUAAUCAAUGAGCAGUUUAAAUCCACUGGUUUGUUAAAUAUUUCAUCGGAUAAAAAUUAAAUUAUCAUUAAUUUUA